UCCGGGUGCAGAGCAUUGGGCGGCUCCACGCGAUUCCGCGGAGCUGAUUGCUAGUGCGCGCGGUGGGCAGCUGGUGGUCGCUGGGUCUCUGGUUGUUGCUGGGCCCUCGGGAGCCCGAGACAGUCCUGGAGCGCAGGCGGCGCUGCCCUUCCUUCCAGCAAGGCCGAUUCCGUGGUAGCAUCCGGCGGGGAAAUGGUCGUGCUCUCGGUGCCCGCCGAAGUCACUGUGAUCCUGUUAGAUAUCGAAGGUACCACAACCCCGAUUGCUUUCGUGAAGGACACUUUAUUUCCUUACAUCAAAGAGAAUGUGAAAGAGUAUUUGCAGACACAUUGGGAGGAGGAGGAGUGCCAGCAAGAUGUCAGUCUUUUGAGAAAACAGGCUGAAGAAGAUGCCCACCUGGAUGGGGCUGUUCCCAUCCCUGCAGCCUCUGGGAAUGGAGUGGAUGACCUACAGCAGAUGAUCCAGGCCGUGGUAGAUAAUGUGUACUGGCAGAUGUCUCAUGACCGAAAGACCACAGCACUCAAACAGCUGCAGGGCCACAUGUGGAGGGCAGCGUUCACAGCUGGUUGCCUGAAGGCAGAGUUCUUUGCGGAUGUAGUCCCAGCUGUGAGAAAGUGGAGAGAGGCUGGAAUGAAGGUGUAUAUCUACUCUUCAGGGAGUGUAGAGGCACAGAAACUGUUAUUUGGGCAUUCUACAGAGGGUGAUAUUCUUGAGCUUGUUGAUGGUCAUUUUGAUACCAAGAUUGGACACAAAGUGGAGAGUGAGAGUUACCGAAAGAUUGCAGAUAGUAUUGGGUGCUCUACCAACAACAUCCUAUUUCUCACAGAUGUCACUUUAGAGGCCAGUGCUGCUGAGGAGGCAGACGUACAUGUGGCUGUGGUGGUGAGACCUGGCAACGCGGGAUUAACGGAUGAUGAGAAAACAUACUACAACCUCAUCACAUCCUUUAGUGAACUGUACCUGCCUUCAGCAUAGAGCAGAAAUCUGAGGAAGGUGAACUGUUCCCCUAGUGUCUAGUUUUAUUCUAAUUUUAAAGUAAUUUACUUAUGUAUACACAUACAUAUGUAAGUAUAUAUGCAUGGAUGUGUGCUCAAAUUAAUUUCUGUGGGCACUUUGUGAAAAAAAAAAAGUUAUCAGUUCAGUGAGCACAAAACUUAAGAUGCUUUGUAUGUAGACCAUAACUCUAAGUAUUAUUGAGGGCAGAGUGUAGUUGAUAGAAGUUGCUAAAUAUAGAUCAAAUGUGCAGUGUUGUACCAAAAUGGAAAGGUAGUUUCGAGAAAUUAUUGCUCUGAGACCUUGUUUUAGAAACUGGAAGUGCUUCAGAGACAUUCCCAAGAGUAUUGUGCCAUCACAGGGUAUCAAGUUGUCCCUGACUUGUGAGCUAGGAGGUGCCAGCAGCUGCAUUGGCCUCCCCAUGUAGACAGACAGAGGCAGUUGUUUCUGCCUGGAUCAGUCUGCUACUUAAGAAACUUGUUAGUUGUGUGGUGCCUAGCAAGCACUUGCCUUUGUGAAGGAGGUGCACGGAGAGACACUUAUGUUAAACACUCCUGACUCUGCCAGUUACCACCACAGAUUUUAUAGUUGCCUUUUUAACUAUGUCUUAGCACAGUAUGAGAAUAUAUGUUAAUUACUAUUUUUUAAAAAAAGUUUUAUUGAAACAGUCUGUAACACCAAGAAGAGCCCUAAUAUGUAGUAUUUUCUUCUAAAAUGGAUGUGAAGAAGUAAAUUUUCUAACAGCAGUGGUUAUCCUGAUUCCAUUCUAACAGGAUUUCAUGUCAUUUUCAUGGUGUAAUUAAUAAAAACAUUUUCUUCUCUCCACUUUA